AAGUAUAGCUUAUUUUAUUGUAAAUCUUGAUACUCAGAUUCUUACAUAAUUUUCAUAUAAGUAUAAAAAGAUUAUUUUUGAUAUAUCAAUCCGACUUAUCUGUGUAAUUGACGUUGAAUUGUAGAAACAAUGAAAAGCCUAUUCUCUUUAAUAAAUCCUAUUAAAAAAACUAAAGAUAUACACGAUGAAAAAGCCAAUGAAAUAAAAACUUACCCUAAAAAAUCGAUUCAAGAUAAUAAGAAGAAAAUUACUAAUAGGUAUCAAGAGAUGAUUAAGAACGACAAGAAAUUAAUUGCAAAGCCUGAAG